GAUUCCAACGUAUCGUACCAUCGAUGCCUUGUUUUGUUUUCAUUUGUUGCGGCGCUUUAAUUAUGUUUGAUCUGACUUAUAAUGCAACUCCACCUGAUACGUUCCUAUGCCAGCAAGCCCAGACGCGAACACUAUGCCAGCAGCGCCAUAAAAAUAUACCGCAAAGUGAAACCGCUGCCACAAAAAGCCGCCACAGCUGAAAGGCAGCCACAAAACGCAAGUGUGGAAGUGUCUGGGGAAUACUCGGAGAACCUCGUCAAGGUGCAGAUGAUCUCGCAGAACUUGCACAGGCAAAUAUUCCCCCAAACACCACGCCACACCACGGAGGAGCAAAUGGCCGCCGCCAGGCAGCACAAGGAGGAUCUGCGCCGCCAUGGAGUCGACAUUGAGAGCAGCGCACCAGUGCCGGAUGUGCAGCUAAAGUUGCCGGCCCUGCAGGGGCAGAACAUCGAAGAGCACUUCCACAGCAUAGCCAAGGAGCAGGUGGAACCUUUUGAGCAGCUCCUGCUGCCUCUGGUGCAGUGUCGUGAGCUGCCUGCGAGACCGAAGCGCUGGGAAUUUCUUGCUGGUUGGACAGCCUACGAUCCAGAAGAUGGUACAGCCACACCUGUUGAGCAGCCACUGGAAAAAGGUCUUGUCUUCGAUGUGGAGGUGUGCGUCUCCGCCGGGCAAGCCCCGGUACUGGCCACCGCUGUCAGCACAAGGAGAUGGUACUGCUGGGUCAGCCCGAAGCUGACGAAGCACCGCCUGGCCGUGGAGAAAGUGGAACCCUGUGAUGUGGGGGCAGACUUUGAGCGUCCGCACUAUACACUGGAUGAGCUGAUACCCCUGGGAGCAGGUGAACCCAGUCUGGUGGUGGGCCACAACGUCUCCUAUGACAGAGCGCGACUGAGCGAGCAAUACCGGAUCGAGGAUUCUGGCACGCGCUUUGUGGACACGAUGUCGCUGCACAUGUGCGUCAGUGGGGUGACCAGCUACCAGCGUGCACUCCUCAAAUCGAAGAAGGAGCCAGCACCCGAGGAUCUCGGCUGGCUGGAGCAGAGCUCCCUCAACAGCCUGGUCGAGGUGCAUCGUCUCUACUGCGGCGGGCAGGCGCUGUCCAAGGAGCCGCGUAAUAUUUUUGUAGAGGGCACACUGGAUCAGGUGCGCACCAAUUUCCAGUCACUCGUCAACUACUGCGCGGGAGAUGUGGAGGCCACUCAUCGCGUGCUGCGGGUGCUCUAUCCCAUGUUUGCCGAGCGAUUUCCACAUCCCGCCUCGCUGGCGGGCAUGCUGGAAAUGGGCUCCGCCUAUCUGCCUGUGAACUCCAACUGGGAGCGUUACAUACGCGAGGCGCAGCUGACUUACGAGGAUCUCAGCAUCGAGGCCAAGUACCAUUUGGGUCGUCGCGCGGAAGAGGCGUGCUCCCUGCUCGACGAGGAGCAAUAUCGCAGCAAUCUCUGGCUUUGGGACGAGGAUUGGAGCGUGCAGCAGCUGAAGCUGAAACAGGCGCCCAAGCGCAAGCCUCUGCCGAGAGUGGAGCUGCCCGACCUGUCCGAUCUUUCCACUGAGCAGCGGCGUCUCUAUGCAAAGUUUCAGCAUCUCUACGAUCAGCGCUCCCUGCUGCCGGCACGACGUCCCCUGCUGCCAGGAUAUCCUCAAUGGUACCGCAAACUGUGCCGCAAGCCACCCACGAACGACGCAGAGCUGGAGGAGGAUCGUUGGACGCCAGGCGCCAGCGAGAUCAGCACCGGCAUGCAGAUUGCUCCCAAGUUGCUCUCCCUCUGCUGGGAAGGUUAUCCGCUGCACUAUCAGCGGGAGCAUGGCUGGGGCUUUCUCGUGCCCUUUCGCAGCGAUGCAGCGCGAGCGGAACGCAUUCCAAUUCAGGAGCUGCUGGCACGCUGUGCUGUGCCGGAGUUUGCGCGGCAGUGCGCCUCCCAGGAGGAGAGCGAUCUGGCCUACGACAUGCUGCCGGGACAACUAGAGGAGCAUCUGGCCAAAAGGCAGCACUACAAGAAGAUCUCACAGAAGCAGCAGCGCCUGGAGACGCAGUACCAAGGCUCUGGCGUCUGGUGCAACCAGGUGCUGGACGAUUGUUGCUUCUUCUUGAAGCUGCCGCACAAGAACGGUCCCUCGUUUCGCGUGGGCAGUCCACUGUCCAAGGAUUUCCUCAACAAGUUCUCGGAGAAUGUGCUCAGCAGCGGCGAUCCCUCCUGCCAGGCUGCGGCGCGUGUCAUCGACAUUGCCCGCAUGAUGUCCUAUUGGCGCAACAAUCGAGAUCGCAUCAUGGGCCAAAUGGUGGUCUGGCUGGAGCAGGAGCAGCUCCCGUCAGAGCUGACUGAUGGCAAGUCCUAUGGCGCCAUUUGUCCCCAGGUGGUGGCCUGUGGUACUCUCACACGUCGUGCCAUGGAGCCCACCUGGAUGACGGCAUCUAAUUCGCGUCCAAAUCGUCUGGGGUCGGAGCUGCGUUCAAUGGUGCAGGCACCGCCGGGCUAUAGACUGGUGGGCGCCGAUGUGGACUCCCAGGAGCUGUGGAUCGCCUCUGUGCUGGGCGAUGCCUACGCGUGCGGCCAGCACGGAGCCACGCCCUUGGGCUGGAUGACACUGAGCGGCAGCAAGUCAAACGGCAGCGACAUGCACUCCAUCACAGCCAAGGCCGUGGGCAUCUCGCGUGACCACGCCAAGGUGAUAAAUUAUGCGAGGAUCUAUGGAGCCGGCCAACAGUUUGCCGAGACGCUGCUCCGUCAGUUCAAUCCCACUUUCAGUGCAUCGGAGGCCAAGGCCAAGGCCAUGAAGAUGUUUGCCAUCACCAAGGGCAAGCGUGUGUAUCGAUUGCGCGAGGAGUUCCACGACGAAUUGGAGGAUAGAGGAUACAGCAGCUAUGAGGCCUCCCGUUUGGCCCUGCAGCGGAAUCGUACCUUGGGCGAGGUCUUCCACCGACCCAGCUGGCAGGGUGGCACAGAGAGUGCCAUGUUCAAUCGGCUCGAGGAGAUUGCCACGGGUUCGCAGCCAAAAACACCCUUUCUCGGCGGUCGACUCAGUCGUGCUUUGGAGUCAGAUGCAGAGCAGGAGCAACGCUUUCUGCCCACGCGCAUCAAUUGGGUGGUGCAGAGUGGCGCCGUCGACUUCCUCCAUUUGAUGCUGGUCAGCAUGCGCUGGCUGAUGGGGACACACGUUCGCUUCUGCCUCAGCUUUCACGAUGAGCUGCGCUAUCUGGUGCAGGAGGAUAUGGCGGCCAAGGCGGCCCUGGCCAUGCACAUCACCAAUUUGCUCACCCGCUCCUACUGUGUCUCCCGCAUCGGCCUGAACGAUCUGCCCAUGUCGGUGGCCUUCUUCUCCUCGGUGGAGGUGGACACGGUGCUGCGCAAGGAGUGCACCAUGGACUGCCAAACGCCCUCGAAUCCGCAUGGCCUGCGCAUCGGGUAUGGCAUCCAACCGGGUCAGAGCUUCAGCAUAAGCGAGGCGAUCGAAAAGGCCGGUGGCAGUGAUGUAGGUCAAUGGCCAUGGAUCAAGCAGCGGAAAUGAUAACACAAACCAAGUUCCUAUAAUUAAUUUCGCUAAUGAAUAGUUUACUAUGCCAAGAAAGGCAUACUGCCGGUGGAUCCAAGUAAUUUUGAAAAUAUACG